AUGAGACCUGCCCUUCGCCAUCCCGUCCCAACAGAACCUUGGGGUUGUCUGAGAUCGGGCUUAAAUGGCUCGGAGGCCAUUGGAAUCAAGCACAUCGCGCCCAGAAUCGCUCAAGCCGCUAUUGUCCAAGUGGUGCCAGCAAGCCAGUUGACACGGUCAAAGCUCGUGUCAGGAAUCAUGGACAACUCCUUAGUAUCAUUCUACGUUCGCGUUGUUGGCAUUGAGCCCCGUCGGGACGCUCGGCCGCGCGAGCCCGUUCGUGGCGUCUGGUUGCCCCCGGUGGGAAGACAUUCUGUGAUGGUGUCUUCACAACUGUUCUGCUUCAAUGGCGCAGCCGUCUACGAUAUGACAAACAGCCAGCAUCCGCCACAGGGCUCGCAAGUCUUCUCGACGUGCUCGGUCUAUCACUACUCGAGCACCUUCUGGGCCUUGAACUACGAUGUCACCCAGCAUGCCGUCGAUCAAGGAGAGCAUUCGGAUUGGAACCACAUUGGAUUCGAUUAUGGCGAUGGCAGAAUGAACUGGGUCGGCAUCGGAGGCCAGCACCGGCGGCUUGAUCGCCAAUGUGACCAGCCUUGGGUGCAUUCACUGUUUCCUGAAAACCACCAGCCGUAUGAGUUCUCCGUGGACCGACGAUAUGGAGGCCUUAGCGGCGAGCUCCCGGUCAUUAUCGCUUUCAUUGCCUUUUCCAUUCGCCCGGAGUGGUUGAUCCAUGCUCUCAGUAGCUGUAUGCGUCGAGGCCAAUGGAGCGGGCAUGAACAGAGGCAUGGGAGGAUCGACGGCAGGGGAGUAGUCGUCACCGUAUACACUGCUCCUGGCAUGUCAACACGAGCACAACUGAGGGAGUUUGAAGCAUCAAGGAUAUUUCCUACAUGA